AUGAAUAGAUAUAGACUAGUUGUUGAACAGUUAGAGUUCUACUUCUCAGACUCAAACUUGAUCAAGGAUAAGUUCUUGUCAAAGUCUGUACAGCAAUCUGAUCAAGGAUGGAUCUCACUUGAUAUAUUGUUGACGUUCAACAAACUCACAUCAAUGCUAAAUGAUCUUAUCAAAGAUCAACAACAAACAACAACAACAACAACAACAACAAAGGAUGCUCUCAUUGAAGUGAUCUCAAGUGAACACUUUGUACAUAAUAAUAAUACACUGACCACCAACGAGGACAAGUCAGCGAUCAAGCGUAAAUCACCUUUCGUAUUCGUAAAGGAGUUACAACAGAGUAUUGAUGAAAGAACUAUUUAUAUUGAACCAAUUGCAGAGACAGCUACUCAUGAACAAGUACAUCAAUUACUAUCUACAUUGGGUACAAUUGACAAUAUAUCAAUACCUAGGCUACCGGAUAAACGUACCAAGGGAUUUGCCUUUGUAGAGUUCAAUCAAAAACAGGAUGCAGUCAAUGCUAUUGGCACAAUCAGAACCAACUCUGACAAUAGGUUCAACCUCAGAAUACUCUCAAAGUAA